GAGCAAACCUGGCAACCUGGCAGCUCGUACGGAGACCGAUUGGCAAUCUGGCAAUGCGGAAAUAGACCUGGCAGCCCAGAGCGCGGAGUGAGGAGAGAAGCGUGACAGUGAGGAGCAGAGAGGAGAGGGAAGAGCCACUGACAAAACAAAAAUAAUCAACUCUUUCCUUCCUGGAAGCUCCUUUUUUCCCCCCUCUUUUACAUUAAAGUGCUCAGGUGCGCUCCUCUGCACCAGCUGGGCUUUUCCCAGCUUUUGUUUUUUUAAUAAGACAAGUCUGAGAAGAAGGAAGAACAAGUGCGUGCUUAUCGUUUGGAUUCUGGACUUCUUUUACUGACUUUUCCUUUUCUGCAUCAAACAUGGAUGUGUUGGCGAAUUACAGUAUUUUCCAGGAACUCCAACUCGUCCAUGACACUGGUUAUUUCUCCGCGAUGCCUUCCCUGGAGGAGAACUGGCAGCAGACAUGUCUAGAGUUGGAACGGUACUUACAGACGGAGCCCAAGCGGCUCUCAGAACUCUUUGACGAGGAGCUGGAUUGUCUCUUAACGCCAGCAUUCAUGCAGGGUGGCGACAGUGAUGAGGAUCUGAUGGACCCCCUUCUCCCCAGCCUGCCCGACCAACCCAGCCCGCCUCCAUUACUUGUAACGCUCCCAAAGGUUCAGGCCAAGAUCCUCCAGGUGCCCAACCUCAGCAAGAGCCAGGCGGAUGCAGGGACUGAAACCCUUACAACCAAGGAGACAGCUCAUGGAGGAGUGAACGCUGCACAGCUUAGUGCUGCUGUUACAUCCCUAACACCGCCAUCAUCACCAGAACUUGGGCGCCACCUCAUCAAACCCACACAAACACUUACUGCGACAGCAGACGGUACCUUAACGCUCAAAUUUGUGGCAAAGAAGGUAGGCUUAGGGGCCGCUAAGCUGGUGGCAGCGCGAGCGUUACCGUCCCCGCCGAGCAGAGGAGGGGCCCUCAGUGACAGUGAGCAGGGAGGAGGAGGUAGUCUGCCAGGAGAUGUACCAGAGAACAAGAAGAGAGUCCACCGGUGCCAGUUCAAUGGCUGCAGGAAGGUUUACACCAAGAGCUCCCAUCUGAAGGCACAUCAGAGGACCCACACAGGUGAGAAGCCCUACAAGUGCUCAUGGGAGGGCUGCGAAUGGCGUUUUGCCCGCAGUGACGAGUUGACACGACACUACCGCAAACACACCGGAGCGAAGCCAUUCAAGUGCAACCACUGCGACAGGUGUUUCUCUCGUUCGGACCACCUGGCCCUGCACAUGAAGAGGCACAUCUGAGGGUGAAAAGAGAACGAGCUGGAGAGAGGAAGAAGCAGGGGGAGGAAGAGGAGGAGGAGGAGGAGGAGAAAGAGGAAGAAGGAGGGAUGGGCAGUCUAGCCACCAACAGCCCGCCUCAUUCACCCAGUCCAAAAACAAGUCAGCAGCCAUAAUGCACGUCCAUCUGAAAGGGCCAUAAAGAUCAGACGGAAUGACGGCCCUCCCAUGGAAGGCGGUGAUUGGAGGAAAAUGAGGAGUAGAUAGAUUGUUGUUUUUCUUAAAAAUUACACAUUCACACUCUCGCAGUAGUAAACAGUCAAUGCACUUGUCUUUUAACGCAUCAUCCCGGUGACCCCCGGCUGCUGUCAUGUGGCUCCGGGGGAUUGGACACUGCCAAAUCAACGUACACUUAACUCGCUUGACAAAACAUAACACACCACCUUUUUUUCUUUCUCUGUUUUCAACGUGUUUAGUCACUUUGGGUGAGGAGGUAGUUUAGUGGAGUAACUUUAAAUAUCCGUAUAGUCAGUCGUUAGUGCUUUACCAGCUUCUGAAAUCAAAUACUCAGCUUUUUUUCAUUGUUUUUGUAAUGUUUUCAUACUCGGAAAAUAUCAGAAAUCAUCAUCUGCUGCAGUCAGCUUCAGUAAUUUACGUGAAGAAAACAACAAUGGCAAAUCUGCAGGAGAGAGACUGUACAGAUUGACUUCUAGCAUGGCUGACAAUCGAACCCAGGGCUCGGUUGCUGGGUGUUUUGGUGCACCCAUGGGACCUCGGUCAGCGGGUGCUACGGCAACUCUCAGGCUCUCCUCCAGUGGGUGUUUGCAUCUCACCUUCACCGAGACGCCUGCGGCCUCCACUGGCUAUCUGACAGAAAUGCGCAGCGACACUUUCUUCCCUUUUUUAUCUACUAAGAGGACAAUACUUGUUUUUUUUUGUUAUUACAAAGAAUGAUACUUUGUUUUUCUUCUCUCUUGGAGAAAAUGUCUUAAAACUCAUUGAAUUGUUAGAGAGAGAACACUGAAAAAUCCACGAUGACUUCAGCGGAAUGUGUGGGAUGAGAAGGAGAGCGUUGUUGGUCUUUUAAUCCCCAUGUGAACUGACUUUGCUUCUGCAAGUCUGUAAGAAACCAGAGAAUGAACAAAAAGCAGAAUCAUACCAACUCUCAGAAAACGGAUUUGUGUUUUUUUGGACAAAACAAAAGCGGAGAGCAGAGAGGUCUUCAGUUUCUUGUGCUGCUCCUGCUGCCCCGCGAUUCACUGGAGCUGAAAAACAGGACCCUGCUUUACCCUCCAUGGACUCGCACACUAUCAGAGUCAGACGGAGGACUUGCUUAAGAAACUUGGUUUGUUGUCUUGUUUUCUCUUUGCUUCUUGUUGAUUCUGAAGUCAUCCUGGAGCGCUUUCACAGACUAGUACUGCUCGCCAAGAAAGGAGGCUAAAGAGUGGCUUUGAGGUUUUUCUCAUGGGACUGAAGAUGCCAACUAACCUCUGUGUGGUGGUACUGAACAGACGGUCAUACUGGCCUGGUCAAAUUUGCCUGUUUCGUAUCCAUUGACAGCACUGAUUUUUUUAAUAUAUAUUAUCUGUGCUUUUUUUUCUACGGCAAAAAAUAUGGAAAAAGAAGAAAAAGAAGAAAAAAAAAUCAAAAAAAGGCUUGAAAAAAUACAUAACAAAAACAAUUCAGUUUUGCUCUACACGUUGCAUACAAAGCAAACACAAACACACACACACACACACACACACACACUGCAGUUUCUUUGCUUGCGGCUCUUCGUGAGAUAAGACUAAUAAGAUUUAGGGAAAGAAUUAAUAAACUAAUGAACAAAGUCAGAAAACAAAACACUGCAUGGCAGGCUUUAUUGCAAAUGCACACACACACACCAGCUCACGAGGACACGCACACACAUGCACACUCUUCCAGGAAUUAUAUGUUCUGCUCCCAAAUCUUUUUUCACAGUAGGAAAUUAGUGACUGUUGUUUAGUAGAAGAGUAUCUUAGCUCUCAGCUGGAGGUAACAAACGCUUUCAAAUCCUUUGAAGUGAGAAAUCAGCUUGUUCUCACUUCCAACAAUCACCCACAUACCCCUCGCUACAGUUUGUGCCUCUCAUUUAAUCAGCAUUUUUCACUCCCCACUCUGGUUACAUUGUUGGUGACAAUGAGCCAUUGGUUUCAGUAUAAACGAAAACAAUUUCUCGUGGCAUGAGCGUACAGAAAAUGUUUAGAAUCGUCACAAACGCUUCUGUCAAAAUGAAAACCAGCAUUCUCACACCCACUUUUUACUCCUGGAAAAGUCCCACAAAAAAAUGAGUGACGCCUUUAGGGGAAUGGUGGUAAUAGCCAUUUCUCUCCCUUUCUUUUUAACGUGUGUCGUUAAAAUCAUCACUGCACAUUUUAAAUUCCACUCCACUAAUCAACAGUUGGCACAAAUAAACAUGACACGGGAUUCCAGAUAUUUCUGCCCAGCCAGACGCGUCAGCUGGCGCGCUCGCUAACAUGUGGCGUUGCGCGGAACAACGUUAGACCCAUGUUUGAUGAAAACAAUGGCUUAGUUCUGUGACCUGAAUGCAAUUAUUUGACUUGAAAAUGUCGAAUAUAAGAAAUGAUACAUGAUGAGAGGCAGAAACUGGUGCGACCACAUCCCCCACCACUUUUUUCGUUUCUUUUGCUUUGCGGUUGCACAAGAAAUACACCUGCCUUGCAUUUAGGGCAUUAACAAUACCGCCAACAUCGGUAGUAAAAGUCAGUAUGUUUCCAUGCACAGUUAAGUCGACGACACCGUUUGAUUGGACUUCUGUUUUUGUCCCAGUGUACAGGGAAUCAGUUUACUGAAUGAACCUCCAUCAUAAUAGGUGACAGUAUUCCCCCUUUUCAGCUUGUUAGUAGUAGACACUUACUGGUUGACCUGUUAGGGCUCAGAAGACAACGGUUAGAGUUAGCAUGUCCAGUGCCAUGUAGGGUUGUUUUUACCAUCCAUAAACUUCAAGCUAUUUCAAUCUUGAAGCUGGCAGAGCAUAAAUUUGGUCUCUUUGUCAGUCCAAAAAUGUACAACUCUGGAUUUGGCUAUGUUUAUCUUGCUGUUUUCGUCUUCUUCUGUGUACCCGGCUUCUGCUAUUAUUUCCGGGUCAAAGCCAGGAGGUGGUAACUGCGGAGCACGCGCUCCUUAUCGCAUGAUCUGCGUUUGAGAAAUUCGAUUUAGUAUCAUUUCAGUCCGACUAACAUGUAUUUUAAAAGUCCAAUUUUAGUCCGACUAACACAAUAACUUAAUGUAAACAUACUGAUGGACUACCAUUUGCCAACCACCACUUGUACCGUUGUGCCCUGUCACUCAAAGUCCAAUGCUCGGUGCUGCUCACUGGUUUCACAUCCCUCGUGUCCCGUCAUCACGCCAUUUGGGCAUUCAUUGGGAGAAACAGUGAAAACAUUCCCCUUUAGGUGGGGGGUUCAUAAUGCAGCUUUGAACAAUCACUAUCAAAAACCUCCAGCUUGGAACUUCAUCUUCAUGGUCAGGAGAGAUCAGUGGGAGAUCACCUCCAUAUGAGGCCUCCGUAUCCAGCAGCAGCUCUCGCUGCUUCCUCGUUUUCUGCAAAAUACAACAUACAUCGACACAACAUUUCAGAUGAAACCAGUGUUAUUUUUCAUUUCAUGUCACUGUUACUGGUUUGGGUGAAUCCGUAUCAAUGGUUGUUUGGCAAAGUCAUGCCAAAAAAAAAAAUGUCGAGACAUGCAAAAGGGAAAGAAGAAGAAGCCCUCGUAUAAAGAUGUACAAUCAGAGCGGCAUAGAGAUCGUAGCACUUUUCUGAGGCUUUUAAUGACGUGAAUGUGUAUGUGUGUGUAUGUGAUGUGUCCCAUUUCGGCAAACUGUGUGAGGGAGGCAGUGAUUCAGCAAACUUGUUUUCAAACUGAUGAACAUGUGUGCAACCACGUGGGAGAAUUGGUGGUGGAUGUAUUUGCUCUUGGAAAAUACUUUUAAUCAAAGAACUUGGCCCACGGUGUUUUAAUUAGGAUUUUUGCGCUGACCCUUCAUUCAUUCAUGUAUUUGUAAAAGUCGCGGAGCUCGUCGACAUCAGUCAAUAAGAUGCAAAGUUGCACUUAAUAUUAAAGCACGUUAAAAGCAGACAAGUUAAUUGAAAUUUAAGAGACACUAAUGGCUCAUUAUACUAUAUCAUUUAUUUUUCUCCUUCCCGUAAAUAUCAGGAUUAUUUAGUGUUUGUUCUGGUCGUUAAAGAACUGGCGAAAUAACAAUAAUGAUGAUACUACGACAAAUAUUCUAAUUUAACUCUUAAUCUUAAAAUGAUCAUUUGCAGCACUGCAGUUUAAUUAUUAAAGGAAGCCAGAUGCAGAAUCAGCAGCUCAUUUGCAUUUUGUAGUCAUUGGUUCUCACACAUUUUUUUAAACGACUCAUUUUAUAAGCUGCUAAUUCCCUGAGAGGACCUGAUUUACAGACAAGAGGCGCUAUCUUGCAGCUGGAAUUCAACAUUUACAUACACAGUGACUGAAAACCAUUUUAAUUGAGCUGAUCAUUUAAAAUAAUCAUCCUAUUUCAAAAUAUGAUGAGCUUCAAAAAGUUGUUGUUUCUCGGGAAUGGAUACAUUGAGAAACGAUGUAAAAGUACAGCGUUGGUGGAUAUUUUAUUUUAUUGUGGAGCAUAAAUUCAAUGCUGUGUUAAAAUCUGCUCUUUAAUUAAAUUCCAUCAUGUCAUGUGACAGAUGCGAGAGUCACUUCUCAUACGAAUUUACAUUCGGUUCCCCCCAUGUCUCUCGGCUUGUUGGAGCAGAUUUUCUGUCACUGUGUUGCUCCAGGUCUCCCACCGUCUCUCAGACUCCUCCGGGCACAGCAUGCUUCCGUCUCACUGCUCUGAUUAGCAUUAAGCACUGUACCAGGUCCUGCUCUCUAGUUGCAGUUCAGUUAAUGAGAUGGCUCUGGGUCACAGGGAAACUGAGCAGCGACCAGACUGACGCGAGCGGCCUGUACCCAGUGGACAGAGUUGAUAUAGGAAAAAAAAUAGAAGAUCCUGUUAGCACACAGAAAUGCCAGGAGACAGUGAGAGGUUUAACUAUGUGAACAAACUCAUUAACAAUUUGCCCAUUAGUAAAACUGCAUUUUAACUGUUACAGAUAAAAUAAAGUCCCUUCAGCUAUUCAGUUCACCCUGUGUCCUCCAACCCUCCCUCUUCCUACCCAAUUUAAGUGCCAUUCAUCAUUUCCCCCCAUCCUGACCCCAUCUGUCCCUCUCUGUCCACAGCAGUUGUCCAUGCACUAUCAGCUGCAGGAAUGCUGAAUGCACACUUUACACAUUUUGCCCAAAGAUUUGCAUAUUUGCAAGUUAACUGCUGUGAAUGUAGUGGAAGUAGAGGAAUGAGCCGAAAGGCAGUGCUAGGAAAAUUUGUGAUGGAUGGAAGCAGGAAGGAGAGGGACUCUUUCUUUUUCACACACGCGUCCCACUAAAUUACCGGUAUGCUCCUAAUCUUCAUGCUUGGUAUCAUUUUCAUUCUCCUGUCCACUGUCAGCUGGAGCCAAACUCAUUGUUCACAAAUGUAAAAUAACGUUCUCGUUGUCUUAUAGGGGGCGCACUAUAGUGGCGCCAGCAGCUUAAGCAGGAAUGAAGUAGCUUUAGUUUAAGUUAGCUUCUUAGCACACUGCAAAUAGCACUAUCAUGUCUCAUAUUUCAAAAAGAGUGAAAAAGUGGACUGGAGACUUUGGAAAUGUUUAAUCGCCAACAUCGAAUGAGUUCACCAUUCCUUUAAAUCAAUUGGUCAAGAGAGAUGUACUAAAGGAGCUUUCACACUGGCAGGUUUGUUCAAAUGUGGGAAGAGGUCUUUUACAAAUUUGGUAAAAAAAAAUUAUAUUUCUGCAAUCUGAAAUCUGCUCCAGUUUCUUUCUCUGGUGGUUGGUACCCCGAAAGACAAAACUUGCCAUGAUGACAAAGUAGAGAAGCAAAACACUCUCUACCAGUAGGAUCACAGUGGUCCAUGUUUUUGUUUUUGGAUCUCACAUUGGGUCACAAAAAUUCCUAAAAAGAAUCUUAUUGAGGAAAGAGAUGUGCAAACGUGACACAGUUCAAGGGCUUGUUUGUUUGACAAAACGUGUGAUUUAUGACCUGAAAUGGUUCCUCACAAACCCAGUGUGAAAACAGCCUGUCGACAUCAUUUUGUGACAAAAUACAUUCUCCACAGUUUUCCACCAUGUCACCCUGAAGAAGGAUUGUUACUACUGGCAGCUUUUGUAAAUAGCUCGAGAUCGUACAGACUGCUCUGUGUGAAUUUAACUGUAUAUGUGGCGACAGCACUGUCUCAGACAUUUCAGCAUUUCUUAUAGAUUUCUUUUAGCUCUUGCAUUCAUUGCACUACAUGAUCAUACUUAGCUUUUGCACUCUCCUUGUCCGCUCACUGUUAGCAUAGUCUGUUGGAGCACUCUGUCAAAUAUCCACUUAACAUGCGUUGCACAUCCUGGAUGCACUUUGCCACCAAGAACCAUUUACAAUAUAGGUCCAAUCGCGAAACAUCAGACUGACAUAUCCACUCCCAAUGCAAUGCCUUUUCAUCACUAUCAGUCUGGGGGAAUAUGUUGUACUUUAGUCCUGCUGUGACUCAGUAGACCUUUCUUGGUAUCAGUCGCAUCCCGGAGUGUGUGUCUGUCUGUAACUACUGUGUUUGUCCAUCCUUGAUGUGUCAGUGUAUAAGAGAUUCACAGACCUAUACCCCUCUCCUUGUGUCUGUAUGUUUCACCUCACCUUCACCACACCCUCUCUACCAAAAUCCACAACUGUCAGAGCCCGCUGGGGCCCAACAUGCGCAUAGUCCUUAGAUGUGUUCUCAUGAGCUAUGCUGCUUGGGCGCCCCAGGCAGUUCUAAGUUAAAACUGCAAUAACGUCCCCACCUUGCCAGCGAAAUGUCCUUGGUCAAAUUGUUUAACUUAAGCUGACCCAUUGUCAACGGUGCUUUUCCAUCCCUGCCAGUUUAUCUGCUCAGUUCGUCUCUGACGCGUGAACCUUUCUUUGCCCCAUUGUUUCAUUUGCCAGUAUGAAAAGAGGAUUGGUACCACAAAAAAAAAUUCUGUUUGUCUUUGGUAUCAAGCUAAGUCAUUCAACGCAUCCAAUAUCAUAUCAAUCUUUGUCAGCUACUAAAAUCACUGAUGUUAUCAUGUGGUUUAAUCGUAUCAGUUCCUGCUACAAAAGCUACAGUAAAUAAUAGAUACCUUGGAAUGUUUUGUUUUUUUCCAACAAGCCUGAAAUACAUUUAAUUAUGUGUUGCAGUGUAAUCAUCUGUUCAGCUGCAAUCUGUAAUUUUCCUACUUCUACAAUAAAAAAGAAAACCAAUCUCCUCCACACAGGAAACAAUUGCAAUCAAUUUACUGAAAUGGAUUGCCAAACAAAAGUUGCAACAAAACUGAUACAAUUUAAGUUAGGUUCUAGAUUAUUAUUUAUUUAUAUUUAAAAGACAUCUAUCACUUUAAAUCCUGUUUGUCCGGGUGGCACAAAAGAAUGAUGAACCUGUAUUAAAUGUAAUCAGCAGGAAUGAGAGUCCACAAUAAUAAAUAUGACUUGGCGUCAACAGAAAAACUGACAUUUUCAGUAUCCACACAAAAUCUGGUGGACACUCUGAAUGGAUUUUGGUGUCAAUCCUCAUAUUUAAAUAAAGUGACCAAUCCUAGUGGAAAAUGGUAUUUUAGCACCAUUACUUCGAGUGUGGGUCCGCAGUCAGCUGUUAAGCAAUAGCAACUGUAUGUUUUCUGGGAUGAAUAGACGUGUAGAUCACUGACUUGUUUUGACAUCAUUCAUAACAUCUCUUGCACACGUGCUAGCGAGGCUCUGUAACCUUUAGUCCAUAAUCUGUCACUCUCUCACCCACCUUCCUCUCCUCUGUCACGGUCACAUCUGUUACGUGCAUUUUUUUUUUUUUUGUUAUUGUUUGUUUGUUUUUUUUAAUUAUUAUUUUGAGUUGGCUUUAUUUUAUUUUUUUUGCUGUACAAACUGUUUAAAAUAUUAUUUGUAUUAUAUGAUGUUAGUAUGGUAAUGUUCUUUAUUAAGGAAGAAGAAAAAUUUAUUUUUGUUACUGGUCUGUUUCAUAAUUCUUUUCUAAAUUGGUAUUGUAAGAUAUCUAUGCAAGAACUGUUAAGUGGAGCAUUUUUAUUUAAGAAUGUAAUAUGUGUAAUAAAUGGUAGAAUCUG